AUGAGUUCCGGAGCACCACACGCACCUGUUUUUUACGUUGCCCACAACGCCGAGACUGCACCAUGCCCCAAUUGCAGAACAAGUAUGAUGAUGAAGUAAAGAAAGGCUGACUAUUUCACAUGGAAAAUGUGUUGUGUCUUGGGAGGAGCAGCAUUCAUGACAGAUUACUUCUACAAAAAGGUCAUGAAGUGCCUUGCCUGUGGCCACACUGUAAAUCUCAAAUAGUGA